CCUGUCUCUUCUGUUUUGUGCAGCACGUGGAGGGUAGUUCAAAGGUAGCCGAAGAGAAGGAAGAGAUACUGACAGGGUGGACCAACUUCUCCUCGCAGGAUGAGCAGAUUGUCGGUGCCUGUACACGUGGAGGUGUCCUUGCUGCCGGCGUGUACAGUCGGAGAUGCCCGCAUUCGAGAGGAGACCCUCAACCUACUCUCCGGCGGCCGCUACAUCAUCAAAGAUGGUCCGGUGGACUUGGCGUCGAGCCCUUUGCUGUCGCAGUGUGCGAAGAGCGUUGCUGUCGUCGACAUGGAUGAUCCGCUGCCUUCCGGCGUGAGCUUCUGGCAAGGCGACUUCCGGGUGCACAUCUACCGCCUGUCUCACGAAGAGCCGGAGCAGGAGAUGAUAGACGGCGCGGGGGAGGAGGAAGAAAUAGCGGCAUGCGACCAGUGGGUCUUGCCUUCAGCAAGCCUGGAAGGGGUGUGGGAAAGCUUGGUUCUUGAGCGGGGAGUGAAGAACCACCUCCUGGAGUACGCAACCUCGGCCCUGCUCUUCACGGACAAGGGUGUCAGCAAGAACGUCAUCUCGUGGAACAAGGUGGUUUUGCUUCACGGCCCCCCCGGCACCGGCAAGACCUCACUGUGCAAGGCCCUGGCGCACAAGCUCAGUAUCCGCCUCGGCGACAGGUACUCCACCGGGCAGCUGCUUGAGAUCAACGCUCACAGCCUCUUUAGCAAGUGGUUUUCGGAGAGCGGAAAGCUCGUGCAACGGCUGUUCGAGCACAUAUUGGAGCUGGCGGACGACGAGGACAGCCUGGUUUGCGUUCUCGUAGACGAGGUGGAAAGCUUGACGGCCGCGAGAUCGGCGUCGAUGGGGGGCAACGAACCCUCGGAUGCCGUGCGAGUGGUGAAUGCGGUGCUCACCCAGAUCGACAACCUUCGGGAGAGGGACAACGUCCUGGUCUUGACUACCUCAAACGUGUCCGAGGCGAUCGACCUGGCGUUCGUUGACAGGGCAGACAUCAAACAGUACAUCGGUCUCCCCACCGCCCCGGCACGGUACCAAGUCCUCCACUCAUGCCUAGAGGAGCUGGUGAGAGUGGGCAUCAUCUCGCCGCCGUCCCACCUGCAGCCGUCCUACUCGAAAGCGGUGGAGCUCACGGCGGGGGCGGCGGCGGCGGCGGCGGCGGCGGCGGCAGCCCCGCCGUCGUCGUCGUCUUCUUCUUCCCCAUCCGCCUGUGCACCGCCGCAGCCGGCGUCUGGCGAGGACACAUCCCGAAGAGGUUGUGGUGGUAGUUUAUCUGCCGGCCUGUGGGAGAACGGCGAAGGAGGAGGAGAUGGAGGAAGAGAACAGGUCGCCAACGGCGGUGGCAACAGCAACGGGGCGGUCGGUCUGGAACCGGACGGCGGGGGUGCCGUAGUAGUGAUGGACACGGACGGGGUCGGGGGAGGGGCGCCGCAAAUCAGAACUGGACUACAUGCAGGGGCAGAGGCCCUUCUAGAGGUGGCUCGCCUGGCGGAGGGGCUCAGCGGACGAGCGCUACGGAAGCUGCCAUUUCAGGCACACGCCUUCUACGUGCAAAGACAAUCGUGCACGCUGGCGGAGUUCCUGUCUGCAAUGACCCGGGCUGUUCACAAGGAGCUGGGGGAUCGCCGGAGCCUGGAGACGCACCGAUGAUGAACGCGAGGAGUAUGUGAUGCAAUAUGUGUUCGUGACGGGUAGAGAGGGGUAAGAGGGCGUCCUGCAGAUGGAUGUUUGGUAGUCAGGUGGUGGUUUGAGGUUGACCUUCGGGAUGGUGGUUGUUGCCAGGAUGUGGUGCAUGUAGCUUGGCGUUGUGGGAUUGUCAUUAGUAGGCAUGUUGUUUGGGAGAUGGAUUCGGGAUUUGGCGGUACAAAUCGUCAUGUGUUUGUUCAUAGUUGUGUGCUGUUUUUUGUGAUUUAGUUGCGGUAUGAUGACCAACUAUGGAGUGGGGCACUGUUGCAGCGACUCAUGGUGACGUUUCUGCAUUCUACAUGUAAUAAUCAGCCAAAAACAAUUGGGAGAACAUGAAUUCGGGAACAUGAAAAAGAAUGCCACCGUAUGCCUUCUCCUCCGGUUCCCUCGCUUCCUGAGCGGUAUGCGUCUUCAUGAUUUCAAAUAGACAUGUCUAUCCCGACAAAUUUUGCACAUAUUUAUAUGUUGUUCGGACAUUUUCCACGGACAAUUGGUACCGUUUCAUG